UGACGAUACUAUUUUAUCAGUCAUAGGAACUAGCUUAGCUAGUCUUAUAAAUCUUUCUAGGUUAUCUAUCAGCUUAUAAAAUAAUAAAUUUGGAUUAAAUGGAGUAUCAAGCUUUGUUUCUAGUUUAGUUAAUUGUGUUAAUCUGACAUCCCUAUUUCUUUAGCUCUAUUUUAAAGUCAACUUUGAAAAAUCUAUCAUAAACCUUAGCUCUGGAUUGUCAAAUUGCCCUAAUCUUUCUAUCUUAAAAUUAUAACUAGGCAAUAAACGAAUUGGUUCUUAAGGUAUUUCAGGUUUAUUUUCUAGCUUAGAGAAGUGUUAAAAGUUAUCAAUUCUAAAUGUUAAUUUGAG